AUGCCUGAAACGAACACAAACUUGAUCAUUACUGACUACUGCAUAUCAAGGAUGACCGGAUACGAUCUACUCAAAAGGGUGAAGGGAUCCUCUAAUUUGAGAGAGAUACCUGUGGUUAUCGUAUCAUCCGAGAACGUCUUACCUGAAUCAAGAAGUAAUUACUCAAGCAGCAACCUUUUGUGCUUGGAAGAAGGUGCUAAAGAAUUUAUGCUAGAGCUUAUCAAACAAUCAGAUGUUAAGAAAUUGAGAUGUCAUAUGACCAAAGUAACCAAACCAUGCAGUGGACGGCUAUGCCCGGGAGGUAAAACAACAGAGCACAGUGACAGGAAUAUAAGCGAAAAACUAGAGAAAACAUAG